AUGGCAACCCAACUUGAACACUGUGAAAUCGCGCCUCCUAAUGGCAAGGUAACAGAACUAACACUACCUUUGACAUUUUUCGACAUACCAUGGUUGUAUUUCCAUCCAAUUCAGCGUCUUUUGUUCUACGAAUUCCCUUGUUCCAAGGCCUAUUUCAUGGACACCAUCAUUCCAAGUCUCAAAGAAUCACUAUCCCUCACUCUCAAACAUUAUAUUCCUCUAGCAGGAAACAUACUGUGUCCAUUAAGCGGUGAAAAGCCCGUGCUGCGCUUUGUGUUCCAGGACUCAGUUCCUCUUAUUAUAGCCGAGUCCAAUGAGGAUUUUAAUAAUCUUACUGCAAAUUAUGCACGAGAUGCUGAUCAAUUUCAUCCUUUUGUCCCUGAAUUGCCACCACCCAAAGAGGAAGCCCAGUUUAAAAUUAUUCGAGCCUUCUGUCUACAGGUAACUUUAUUUCCAGACCAUGGCCUGUGUCUUGGUUUUACCAACCAUCAUGCUAUAGGGGAUGCAAGUUCAAUCGUGGGUUUUAUAAAGGCAUGGGCUUCUAUCAGCAAACUCGCUGGAGAUUCACAGUUGAUUGAAGCCAAAUCGUUGCCAUGUUUUGAUAGAUCUGUCGUUAAAGAUCCCCGAGGAAUAGCAGACAUGUAUUGGAACCAAAUGAAGAAUUUUAAGUUUCUAUCUUCAUCUUUGCAUUUGCCCACCAAUAAAGUUCGGGCCACAUAUAUUCUUCACCAAACAGAUAUCCAGAAACUCAAGGAUUCGCUUUUGGCCCGAAAACCAGGUUUAGUUCAUCCUUCAUCUUUUGUAGUUACAAUUGCUUAUGUCUGGACUUGUUUGGUGAAAUCUGGGCAUGGCAACGGGGAGAAGGUCGAUCCAGAUGAGUCGGAGUACUUUAGUUUUGCAGUGGAUUGCAGGGCACGCAUGAAUCCGCCCGUACCUGCUAAUUAUUUCGGCAAUUGCAUAGGAGGUGCAAUAGUUAUAAAGAAGCACCAGGAGUUGAUUGAAAAAGAUGGUUUUUUCAAUGCAGCUGAGUCUAUUGCAGAGAUGAUUCGAAUAAAGGUGAACAACAAGGAUGAAAUGAUGAAAGGUGCUGAGAAUUGGCUAAGAGAAUUUGGAGAUUUGGUAGGAAAACGAUUACUUUCAGUAGCUGGAUCGCCAAAGUUCGACCUAUAUGAUGCGGAUUAUGGAUGGGGAAGGCCAAAAAAGCUUGAGGCAGUGUCUAUUGAUGGAGAAGAUUCCAUUUCCCUGUGCAAAUCCAGGGACUCUGAGGGAGGUUUGGAGAUUGGUUUAUCUUUGCCCAGGACAAAAAUGGAUGCUUUUGCAGCUCUUUUCUCCAGCGGCCUGGGGUUUUAUCAAAUGAAGUUCUCCACUCCGAUUAAUACAACUGCCUUUUUUGGGUUCAAUAAUCCGUACAACUUGCUUUCGGAAUUUCUCCAUUGUGAUGUUCAAUACUGCCUAUUCAAUUGGUCUCUCUUUUUAUUUUGA